AUGACCUCCGUCCGCCGGUGGCUCCGCCUCCAAGACCCCGACUGCCCUGUGUGCGCCUCGGCCCUCCAAGUCCUCCACACCCUGCGUGCCCACCCCAACUACCGGCCCCUGUGGUCCAAGCACCCCAACUCGCUGCUCCUGGGCCCGACCUCCUCGACUGCCAU